CACUAGCAACAUAUUUGUUCAGUAUCGGGUGUUCUAUUUGAGCAAAAUCGUAGAACGGAAGAUGGCUUAUUUAACAACCAAUCCUGCUGAUGAAAACAGGUACCUGUGCAUAUAUCCAUCUUACAUUAACAGUAAAAAGACAUUAGCGGAGGGUCGAAGAAUACCAACUGAGAAGGCUGUGGAAAACCCUUCAUGUGCUGAAAUCAAGGAUGUUUUAACUGCAGCAGGAAUGAAUGUCAGAGUUGAGAACAAACUAUAUCCAAGGGAAUGGAAUAGAGAUGUACAGUUUAGAGGAAGAGUGAGAGUUCAAAUCAAACAAGAGGAUGGAAGUCUCUGUCAGGAGAAAUUUACCUCAAAAAAAGAUGUUAUGUUCUAUGUGGCUGAGAUGAUUCCAAAGUUAAAAACAAGAACGCAGAAAAGUGGAGGAAGUGACACUGGAGCACAACAAGGGGAGGGAGGGAAGAAAGGAAAGAAGAAGAAGAAGUAGCUUUAUGCCCCUGAAGAUAGUCCAUUCAUACAAACUGGAACUUUAAUUUUUGUAGUUUGAUCGUCUUGAUACUACAGAACCAGAUACUACACCAGAAAAUGAAUUUUAUUUAAAAUCUUUUGAUGUUCAUAUUGUUUUAGUUAUACAGUAUUAGGCCUGUUUCAGAAAAAAAGCGAUUUAAGUUUUUGUUUGUUGUUGAUGUAACGAUUGCAAACAGUCUGGAAAGGCUUUGCUUGGAAAGUAAUUUUUUUAAAUUAAAUUUCAAUAAAUUUGUCCUUUUCAGCAACAAAU